UUAUUAUUCUAAACGAAUAUAACAAUCAUAUAUAGAUUUGUGAAGACAGUAUAUAAAUAGAACAGCUCUUGAUCAAUCCCGCUCGAUCUCACUCGGACGAGCUCCAAAAAAUUCAAAAAGAAAAGAUGCCAGAAGCAGAAUCAAGCGCUAAUUUUCGAAAUGCGAAUCAUACAGUUGAUCCCGUCGAUCAUCUUCCACUCUCUCUUCUCCGAUCCGAGUACAUCCCGGCCGCACCGACCCGAUCCUUAUCCACAAUCGACUGGUUACCGGAGUUUGCCGGUUACUCAUGGGUGGCGUACGGAGCAUCUUCUCUUCUGGUGAUCUCUCAUUUUCCUUCUCCCCUCUCCCAAGAUGAAACCCUAAUUGGUCCCAUUUUUCGCCAAUUUUUCGAGCUCUCCGAUGAUACAACGCCCGUCAGUGCCGUUUCUUGGUCUCCCGUAGCUCCUUCAAUUGGCGGCCUUGCUGCUGCCUCGGGGAAUUGCAUCUAUGUCUUUACUCAUGAUUCGGGGACCUCCAAAGGUUCUUUUUGUUGGAGCCAGAAUGCAGUACUCAUACAACGUACAAAGGUGGAGGCAAUUCAAUGGACGGGGUCUGGGGAUGGGAUCAUUGCUGGUGGAAUUGAGAUCGUUUUAUGGAAAAAGCAAAACACAUCCUGGGAAAUAGCUUGGAAGUUUAAAGAGAAUCAGCCUCAAAAUCUUGUUUCUGCAACUUGGUCUAUUGAGGGACCUUCUGCAACUGCAGCUUAUAUGUAUAAACCAGACCUUGGAGGAUCUAAUGAGGCAGGCAAGUGUGUUUUAGUUUGUUACAGUGAUGGAAAAUCUGAAUAUGCCAAAGUCAGGCUACGUCAUCCUCAGCCCAUUGCAAUGAUUCAAUGGAGGCCAUCAACGAGAAGGCAAUUCCAGGGAGAUGCAAAACAUUCAUCUAGGCAUGUGCUGCUAACAUGCUGCUUGGAUGGAACUCUAAGAUUAUGGAGUGAGAUGGAUAGCAGAAGGGUUAAAAAAGUUGGCAGGGACAUUAAUGAUCGUAAAACCAUGGGACGAUCUUUUUGUGUUGUUGCUGUGAUUGAAGUAAAUCAGGCCUUGAAUGGAGAUCUUGGAAUGGAUGUGUUUUUUACAUGGGCAACGGAAAACACAAGCAUGUUUAAAACCAGUCAAGGGGACAACCAAUUUAUUUCUGCUGGAGGAUUUGAGCGUGGAAGGGCUGGCAAAUGUGAGUGGUUAAUUGGGUUUGGUCCUUCCUUUUUGUCUACAACCAUAGAAAUACUAUAUCAAUUUUGGACGAAAGUAACAUUUUAUUCUUCAUAUCAGUAA